UCCUCCCUUUCCCGGUUUGCCGCCGCCUGGCUGGGCCGCUCUUGUGGCGGCGGCGGCGGCUCCUCCAGCGAGCAGCAUGGCGGCCGUGGAGGCCCGGGUGUGCGAGACGUCGGGCUGCAGCAGCGAAGCCAAGCUGCAGUGCCCCACCUGCAUCAAGCUGGGCAUCCAGGGCUCCUACUUCUGCUCGCAGGAAUGUUUUAAGGGAAGCUGGGCUACUCACAAGUUGCUACACAAGAAAGCAAAGGAUGAAAAAGCAAAGCGGGAGGUUUCUGCCUGGACUGUAGAUGGUGACAUCAACACAGAUCCCUGGGGUGGCUAUCGAUAUACUGGAAAACUUAGGCCACAUUAUCCCCUGAUGCCAACAAGACCUGUGCCGAGUUACAUUCAAAGGCCGGAUUAUGCUGAUCACCCACUAGGCAUGUCUGAAUCAGAGCAGGCUCUUAAAGGCACUUCUCAGAUAAAAAUUCUUUCUGCAGAAGAUAUAGAAGGGAUGCGAAUAGUGUGUAGGCUUGCUAGAGAGGUAUUAGAUGUUGCUGCCAUGAUGGUAAAGCCAGGUGUAACUACUGAAGAAAUAGACCAUGCUGUUCAUCUGGCUUGCAUUGCCAGAAAUUGCUAUCCUUCCCCGCUGAAUUAUUAUAAUUUUCCUAAGUCUUGCUGCACGUCAGUAAAUGAAGUGAUCUGCCAUGGAAUCCCAGACAGGCGACGCUUACAAGAGGGUGAUAUCGUUAAUGUGGACAUUACCGUUUAUCGAAAUGGUUAUCAUGGGGAUCUCAAUGAGACAUUUUACGUCGGGGAAGUUGAUGAGGGUGCAAAGAAACUAGUCCAGACAACAUAUGAGUGCCUAAUGCAAGCAAUUGAUGCAGUGAAACCUGGUGUUCGAUAUAGAGAGCUGGGAAAUAUUAUACAGAAACAUGCUCAAGCCAAUGGAUUUUCCGUAGUUCGGAGCUACUGUGGGCAUGGGAUUCAUAAGCUCUUCCACACAGCUCCCAAUGUGCCACAUUAUGCCAAAAAUAAGGCUGUUGGUGUAAUGAAGCCUGGCCAUGCGUUUACAAUAGAACCAAUGAUCUGUGAAGGUGGGUGGCAAGACGAGACCUGGCCUGAUGGCUGGACUGCUGUGACGCGAGACGGGAAGCGUUCUGCCCAGUUUGAACACACACUGCUGGUCACAGAUACUGGGUGUGACAUCCUAACCCGCCGGUUGGAUAGCAUUCGCCCUCACUUCAUGACUCAGUGCUAGUGUAGACCAAGCUGGGAGGCCUGAACCCAAGCAUCUCUUCUGCUCUGUACUAUGUGUUUCACUAAGAGUACAGGCUAAAAGGGGGGGGGGAUUUUAUCACCUGUUUUUCUUCUUCUUGACUGUAGGUAGGAGAUGCAGCCUUGCAUUGAGAGGUUAAUGCCGUAGGCUUGAAAAGCAGAGGUUUUAGAGCCCCAGUCUCUGCUCUCCUGCCACCCCAACAUUGUUUGAACUUAUCUCCCCCCCCCCCAAAUCAUUGUCCUUAUGGUACCUCAUUUCACCCCCUCAGCCGGGCUUGUCACUGCCGCCGUUCUCAGCAGCCACACACAGCUUCUUUUCGUGGUGGAUGCAAGGAUUCAGAAACAAGCCUUUCUGUUUUUACAAGCAACACCUGAGAGUUUAAACUUUUUCUUGUUCCAAAGACAACCCUUCCUUAGCUGUUUAAAUGGACUAGGCUUUCAUCUGUGUAUAAUUCAGAGGUGGAAUUUUCUACUUGAAAAUGUUGAAUCGGAAUUUUGUUCUGUCUGCCCCUCUUCCACCCUGUUGUUACUGUAUAUGGAAGUAUAAUAUCUGCCUGUAAA